ACCCGAGAAAAAUAUAGUGAACACCAGGGUACUUCCGGCUGUUCUUAAAGGGACUGGGAAAAAGGUCUAACCAGAAAUUUCAUUCCUUAAUUUUGCUGGAUUGUUUCUUUGUAGAUGUAUCCCUUAUAGACUGGAAGUAAUACACAAAAUAUAUACAUUAAGAAGGAAAUGACUACCUUCUGGAGCAUGAGACCUCUGUUGUCAUCUCUGUUGCAGGUGCCGGGCUUCAUCUCCCCGUGGUCCCGCCCCUUCCUGUCGAGGACCAUGGCGACACUCAAUCAGAUGCACCGAAAGGGCCGACCUCCACCCCCGCAGCCCCGCAUUGGAGCCACUUUCGGCCGCCCCCAGCUCAAGGCGGUGGUCCUGAAGACCCUCAUCCGGAAGCCGAAAAAGCCGAACUCUGCGAACCGCAAGUGCGCCCGGGUGCGCCUCUCCAAUGGCCAGGAGGCGGUGGCGUUCAUUCCCGGCGAGGGACACAAUCUCCAGGAGCACAAUGUGGUACUAGUGGAGGGGGGCAGAACACAGGACUUACCGGGGGUGAAGCUGAAAGUGGUGCGGGGCAAGUAUGACUGUGCGCAUGUCGUGAAGAAGAAGCAGUGAAGAUGGAGAAGACCUUCCCAGAUGGGGUUUGGUUUGCGUCCCGCUUGUGAGGAUGAACAGUGUGAAUCGUGACAACAGUGACAUGUAUCAAUUCUCGGGUUCGUUUGUGUCCAGCUACUUUUUGUUUUCCCUGAAAAUAAAUAUUGUUUUGUUUGGAACCAUG